UGGAGGCUGUAGAGGCUCUCCAGCAGCCAGAGGAGGAGGAGGAGGAGGAGGAUGAGGAUGAGGAUGAAGCUGUGUGUCCGUCAGCGUGGAGCUGAUCUCAGUUCAGUCCGUCUGAGCUGAAACCGGAAACUUUCUGAUGCUGUUGUCACUCUGGAGCUGCUUCUUCUUCUUUUUCUUCUUCCUGCACCUGUGAGAAGACUUCCUGUCCCGCCUCCGCCAUGAGUGACAUCUACGAGUCGGCGGCGAACUCUCUGGGUCUGUUCAGCAGCCCCUGUCUCACCAAGGUGGAGCUGAGACUCACCUGUAAAGGGAUCUCAGACCGAGAUGCUCUGUCCAAACCCGACCCCUGCAUCGUCCUCAACAUGCAGUCCCACGGACAAUGGAUGGAGGUGGACCGGACGGAGGUGAUCCGCAGCUGCGUGAACCCCACCUACUCCAAGGUGUUCACGCUGGACUUUUAUUUCGAAGAGGUGCAGCGUCUGCGCUUCGAGUUGUACGACAUCAACAGCAGCCACAACGGGCUGAAGGAGGCCGACUUCCUGGGAUGGGUGGAGUGCACGCUGGGACAGAUCAUCUCUCAGAGGAAACUGUCCAAAGCUCUGCUGAGACCUGGAGGCACCGUGGGAAAAUCCAUCAUCACGAUCACAGCGGAGGAGCUGACGGGCAACGACGACUACAUCGAGCUCUCCUUCAGCGCCAGGAAACUGGACGACAAGGACUUCUUCAGUAAGUCCGACCCCUUCCUGGAGAUUUACAGGCUGAACGACGACGCCACGCUGCAGCUCGUCUACAGGACCGAGACGGUCAUGAAUAAUCUCAACCCUGUGUGGAAAACUUUCAAAGUUUCUCUCAACUCACUCUGCAGCGGAGACCAUGAACGCAAGCUGCAGUGCACCGUGUGGGACUGGGACUCCAACGGGAAACACGACUACAUCGGUGAGUUCGAGGCCACGUUCAAAGAGAUGAGAGGAGCCAUCGACGGACGACAGGUGCAGUGGCCAUGCAUUAAUCCAAAAUACAAAAUGAAGAAAAAGAACUACAAGAACUCUGGGAUUGUGAUUCUGAACCAGUGCAAGAUCAUCAAGAUGCACUCCUUCCUGGAUUACAUCAUGGGAGGCUGUCAGAUCCAGUUUACAGUAGCCAUCGACUUCACGGCCUCUAACGGAGACCCUCGAAACAGCUGCUCCCUGCACUACAUCCACCCGUACCAGCCCAACGAGUACCUGAAGGCUCUGGUGGCCGUGGGAGAGAUCUGCCAGGACUACGACAGUGACAAAAUGUUCCCAGCGUUUGGCUUCGGCGCUCAGAUCCCUCCUGACUACAAGGUCUCCCACGACUUUGCAGUGAAUUUUAACGAGGAGAACCCGGAGUGUGCAGGGAUCCAGGGCGUGGUGGAGGCCUACCAGGCCUGCCUCCCCAAGCUGCAGCUCUACGGCCCCACCAACAUCGCCCCCAUCAUCCAGAAGGUCGCCAACUCCGCCUCGCAGGAGGUCCACACCAAAGAGGCCAUGCAAUACUUCAUCCUGCUGAUCCUGACGGACGGCGUCAUCACCGACAUGGCCGACACGAGGGAGGCCAUCGUCCAGGCCUCCCACCUCCCCAUGUCCGUCAUCAUCGUCGGGGUCGGGAACGCUGACUUCAGCGACAUGCAGAUGCUGGACGGGGACGACGGGAUCCUGCGAUCGCCUAAAGGAGAACCCGUCCUGAGGGACAUCGUCCAGUUCGUCCCGUUCCGCAACUUCAAACAUGCGUCUCCAGCUGCUCUGGCUAAGAGCGUACUUGCAGAAGUGCCCAACCAGGUGGUUGACUACUACAACAGCAAGGGCAUCAAGCCCAAAGUGCCCAGCGAGUACCAGUCUUCCAGGCCAUUCGGCCCCUGAGCGCCGCCGCCGCCAACAUGGCUGCCUCCUCCCUCCCUUCGACAGCACAACCUCUCGUGGACUGAGAAACAUGUUUACUGUAUUUGUUUUUUUGUCAAUGUGGAUGUUAAAGGUGCUACACGCAGCGUUUCACCAUGAAGAGGGUGUGAUGUGAUCACUGUAGAUUUACAGGUGGCACGUGCACAUGUGAGGAGGAGGAGCAGGUGGAGAUUGUUUCCUCACCUGUCGUCAUCUUUAUAAAAAGAAGCCGCAGGUGACAGAAGUGCAAAUUAGGACAUUCUCAAAGGGAAACAGUGUUAGAGAGUUUCAUCAUCACACACACACACACACACACACUCACACACACACACACUCUCACACACACACACACAUACACACACUCACACACACACACACACACACAAACACACACACACACACACACACACACACACACACACAGGUCAAUCCUGGGAAACCCUUGCUCCUCUGUGUUCAGUCACAUCAGCUUUAAUCACACUCACAUUCAUUCAUGUCAGUUUGUGGAGGGAAAAAUAAAGUCCAAAAAAUCUUAGAUCUGAGCUGUGUCACAUCAAACCACCAGAAUCAAACGUACGAGCUCUUGAUAAACUGCGAUAAACCUGUUAGCAACACGCUAGUUUGAUAUUGAGUAGUUAGCUAUCUGGUAGCAAGUAAGCCAACGUGGUGAUGCAUGUUUGUGGUUAGUCAAUAUAUCUCACCAAGCUUCAGCACGAACCACCUCACAUGGACACACUAAUGAGUUUCAUAGUCCUACGUUCCACGCACCAAAACCCACAGCCGCCAUCUUGAAUUGUCGUUAACACGGGGAUGUAGGAAGCAGAGAGGUUUAUGGGAAUCGAGGAGCAGCAGCACUAAAGAAUCCAUCUCAUCUCACGUUUCAUGUGUGAAAAUGCUAACUGUAGCACCUUUAGCAUCCGCUGUGCAUGCAGGGCCGACGCAGGCUGAGUAGAUUGUAACGUUCAGGAGUGUUUUCACUGGACAUGAAAAAGCACACAAACACAACACUGACCAAACGCUGCUUCCCUGCAGACAGCAUGACGGGCGGGGAACCAGUGGAUGAAGGAAUGUAUGCCCCCCCCCCCGGUUUGUUUUUAUAAGAGUUUAUCGAGAUUUUGCUAAAUUUCGUAAAGUUCGUAUGUUGUAAAGCAUUUUGGAUCUCUGCUAGAUGAACAAGCGAGCUGCCUUCAGACGUCUGCAUCCUCUACUGUUCUUUUCUAAAGGCGAGGCAGAUGCAUGAACUGUUGUUUUGCAUGCAAAUCUCCAUGCGGGACUCCUUGGUCCUUGUGUUUUCUGUUUCCUGGUAGUGAAUAAUAUGAGUAAUAAUGACGUUUACAAUAUACCCGAUGAUGGGGCUGUUCUACUCUCAAGCAUGUUCACAUGUAAACGAAAAUGUGAGUAGAUUUAAAAGCACAAACUAAGUAUCUUUGGAGAGGUUUCUAGAGUUUGGUGGUAGAUUUUGGUCAAUUUGUGCCACAACACCUGCCUGUCGCUUUGUCUCUGAAAGAUUUAUUUACCUUCCUUUGGUUUUAUUGGUUUUUCUUCUGUUUCUAAUGACAGUUAUAUUUGGUUUCUGAGAGACUUUAAAGUUCAACCACACUGUUGUUCUCUUUAAAUCCACAUUUCUUAAUUUUAGAAAAUUUCAAAAUCCAAUAUUCAGGAUCAGGCUUCACAGCCCGUCCAUCCAGUUUCCUGUGGCCACAGGCGAGGUAAUGUAGUCCAGAAGUCCUUAUCCAGACUGAAGAUUCUCAGUGGUCCAGGUUAUGGUAAAUCUAGAGGUCAGUUAUCAGCAGCUGGACUGGUCCCAGGGAACCCGAGACUUCCCACCAGUCCAAGAGGAAACCUUCCGGAUGAUCGGUAUAAUGUUCAGCCUCCACAGAGAGGCUUCAGAUCCCUGAGUCGCCUUAACAAGCUCCUCUGAGGGAACACAAGUGGAGUUCCUCCUGGGUGUCAAAGCUCCUCACCCUGUAAGUUUCUUCUGGGGUCGUUUGGAUGCUCCAAGAAAACCAAGCAGAAGAUUGUCCUGAUCAGAAACCUGAACCACCUUCUCUGGCUCCUCCUCCAGCUCAGACUCCCUGGAUAGGAAACUCAUUUUGGUUAGUUAUAUUCUUCAUUCAUGACCACAGCUGAGGGUUGGACUGAAGAUCUCUCUUCACCACAGCAGGUCACUGCAACACCCACAUCGCUGCUGAUGCUGAAACUACACCUGUGGUCCUUACUGAUCCAGAUCCGAGCCGCGGUAGCACCAGACUAUGCAAUGUAGUCCAGAGAGCUUUCUCUGUAACCAAAUCCUCUGUCCUCUUUGGAGGAUUCUUAUAUGUCUCCAGACCAGAUGUGAUAACUUCCUCCAGGGGUUCUGGGUCAGACCUGGGGUCUCCCCCCAGCUGGAGGUUCCCUGAAAACCUUUCCUGAACGACCCCAGCAGGCUCCUUUCAGUGCAGAUGGUUCUGUUUCGAGGUCUGAAUGUCUGUUCGCUCCAAACUGAUCCGGAUUCCCGCUUCUAGAAUGAGGUCCAGACUGAAAGACCAUCAGGUCCAGUCCUUCUCUUGAAAUCCCUGAUUCUAGUUUGUCACCAGUCCACCCCCUCUCCAGCCAAGACGAUUGAUAUUAAAUGAUUCUGCAAAACUACUGACCACAUUUGGAGCUUUUGCUGUCGUUAUCAGGUCCAGAUAUUGUAAAGUGUAGAGGCAGAUCCCACUCAUGAUAAAUAAACUAAAGUUAAGCUGAGCAGUGUUUAUUGGCCAACAGAGUCUAACGACAGACAGCUCAUAGUUUUACAUCUGUUUUUAAGAUAUUUCUCUUUAUUCGAGUUCAUUUAAUUGAUUUUUACCUGCUUCUCAAAGCGACAAAUAAAGUUAAUACAUACAGAUAUGCAGUAUCCUUUUAUUCUCUGUACUCAUAUCGUGUUGAGUCUGGUUCUGAUUAUUUAAUGUCAUUACAGGUACUUUUUGCUGUGUAUAACAGGGACAGAGAAACAAUGGAGGACAGGUGUUGUGUCACAUGACUUCUCGUUGUGUUAACAUGCAGUAUUGUGUGCAAAACAAUGACAAAGUGACUUAUGAUAAUAAAGGUUUUAUCAGUAA